UUUAGACAUAAUAAUAAAUUUGAUACAGACCAAGAUAUUUUAUCAUUUGUUAUUUUAAUUUACUCUUGCUAAAGCAUAUUCUGUGAUAUUGUACUUUUUGUUGCUUGUUUUCAUAUUAAGAACCAGGUGCAUGCCUCAAAUCCUUUUUUUAAGAUGGAGGUAUAUAUAAGCGAAUGAAAAAAACAGUAAAAAAUUAAUAAUAAUUAGUGUACUAAAUUCUUCUUAACAGAAUUUUACAGAACAGUAUGGCAAAGCUUCUCGCAGAUCUUAGUGUGGACAGCAUUCACUGCAAACCUGGGAAUAACCUUACUAAAUCACUUCUGAACAUUCAUGAUAAACAACUUCAGCAUGACCCAGCUCCUGCUCACACUUCCAUAAUGAGCUACCUAAAUAAGUUAGAAGCAAAUCACAGUUUUAUACAUUCAGAGCCACUUUCUAUGAUUAAAAAUGAGGAAAUCACAGAGCUAGACAGGCCUUAUGAAAAUGUUCAGCCCUCCAAAGGCCUUCAGCAUAGCAACACUAGGGACAUGGAAGAAGUAUCUGCGCCUGGAAUAAUUUCCACUCUUUCAAAACGGGGUUCUGAUGAAGGAAGUGAAACUAUGACUUUAAUAGAAGAUGAGCAUAAUUUGGAUAAUACAAUUUACAUUCCUUUCGCCAGAAGCACUUCUAAUAAGAAAUCACCACUUUCUAAGAGAAUAUCCCCCCAGCCACAGAUAAGUGCAGCUACAACACAGCUAGUCAGCAACAGUGGACUUGUCUUUGAAAAAGAAACUAAACUAUGUAUGCCCUUAGUUUGUUCUUCUUUGAUAAAGGAAGUGGAAGAUACACCUGAAAAACUUUCCAGAGUAGCAGCUGAUACAGAGGACAAACAGCUCCUCAAGAAAAUAAAGGAAGCAAUUGGUAAGAUCCCUGUUGCCACUGAGGAUCCAGAGGAACAGGCUACAUGUCAUGACCCAUCAGCUUGUCACAGCAACAGCAUUCAAGUGAAAGACAAUACUGUCUGUGAUGGUAGUUUUUUAAAUUCUGACUUGAUGUCUGACUGGAGCAUCUCUUCUUUUUCAACAUUCACUUCUUGUGAUGAACAAGACUUCAGAAAUGGCCUUGCAGCAUUGGAUGCCAACAUAGCUAGACUCCAGAAUUCCUUAAGGACUGGGCUUCUGGAGAAGUGAAUUCAGAAGAAAAUUUACUGAAUGCUUCUUUUUAAGAACAGAAUUUGUCUAUAUUGAAGGCAUAUUUUAAGUUUUUUAGAUAGAUGUUUAUUAAUUAUGUGUGAAAUGAUAAAUUAUAUAAUAAUAAAUUUAUUAUUGGAAUAUA